CGUUUGUCAGCACAACGAGUUCAUAGUGAUCAAAUAGGAUUUCGUACACAAUGUAGGAUCGCUGACCUGGUUUUAUGCAUAUUCUUGCGUUCGUCUGAGCUCAGCAAGUUGAUAGUGAUCAAACAUCACAAUGACGAGAACGCUAUCGGAUGCUUUGCGAGAGAAAUACGUAUACGAAGAGAAGAAUAGCUAUGAGACAUUAGAUGUAGAGAGAAGUGAAGACGGCGAGAGACGUUCUAGCGUGGAGCAGAAGGAAGGAGGCUUCACCAUUUCCUACUUAUCAAGAUCUAGAGUGAGGUCCACACAUGAAAUUGAAACAGUGACACUUAUUAAUCAGCAGGUCACACUGAUUGGAGAUACUGAAUGGUUGGGUCAACAGUUUAAGUCUUUGUGUGAAGUUGACCUCACAGGUAACGGAAUAUCUAAUUGGCAGCAGGUGUUUAUCUUGUUGUCAACACUUAACAACAUCCACUUCUUAAAUCUGACGAACAAUCCACUGGGCAGGGUGACUGCACCUGAUGAUCUGACGUUGCCUGAACAAGAGCAAUCUUUCUCUCAAAUCAAAACUCUUAUUCUGAAUUUCACACAGAUUCCAUGGAAAACUUUGAACUUUGUGUUGCCCAUGGUUCCGAGAUUAGCCGAACUGCAUCUUAGCGGCAAUGAUUAUAACAAUGUGGACCUGCAAACACACCAUGAGAAUCUCAUUUCUCUUCAUUUCAAUAACAACCCAAUAUGUGAGCCACAACAUCUUCUUAGUCUUGCUGAAGCCUUUCCAAGUCUGUCUACUUUAAUUGCACACAAUUCUCAAUUAGCCUCAUUGAUUCUGCCAAGUGAAUCAAUAAUUUUAGCAAAAUCAUUUCAUCAACUUCAGUGUCUGAGUCUGUCUCACAGUCGUCUGUCCACGUGGGAUGACAUCCAUUUUCUCUCUCUCUUUAUGUCUCUUCAAAAACUUCGACUUGUAGGAAUUCCACUGUUGCAUGAGAUCAAGGAAGAAAAUCACAGGCCAUUUCUUAUUGCUUGUUUGCAAAAUAUUCAGUGUCUAAAUGGAAGUACUAUCAGCAGUGAAGAGAGAGAAGCUGCAGAGCGAAUGUUUCUACGAUAUUUCCAGUCAUUUGACGAGGCAAAGCGCCCUCCCUCAUUCCAUAAGUUGCUGCACCAACAUGGACAACUUGCUCAAUUAGCUGAUGUUUGUCUUGAACCUGCAUCACAUGUUGAUCUCAAUAUAAAGUUUGAAGAUCUUCCCGUGGUGAAACGGAAAUUUGAUGUCAACAUAACAACUGGUCAACUGAAGAAAGAAUUGUCAUCUGAUGUUGUUGGGUUGUCUCCAAGUAAAUUUCGUCUUUAUUAUGUGGAUGUUGAAGAUGACGAGGUUCUGUAUGGAGCUGAAGAGAUGAAAGUUAUGUCUCGUAAGCUCUUUUCAUAUCGAAUGAAAAGCAAUGACCAAAUCUUAGUUCAACGUAAACAUGUUACUAGCAGUUAAUUUUGGUACAGACUAACAGUACUAUUGGUUAAUGGCAUUUUACAUUCAGUCUUCAAGGAUACGUGGAACUGUCAGUAAUAAUUGCUAUCUGUAAUAACUGCAAAUACAAUGCCAAAUGAUCCAUAGACAUGUAUUUACAGAAACAAAGUAACUGACUCAUAAUGGAUUA